UCUCUCUCUCUCUGCAUCCUUGUUUCUCUCUCUAUCGAUUUCAUCGAACGAACAAUCAAUCUUCGUCUUCAUCGUUUCGCGCAACCCUUUCUUGAUUUGAAAUUUCAUCAUCAGCAUAAAUAAUAUAUAGAGAUACCAGAUCAACUGAUGAAGAAGAAUUCAACCACCGCCGCCUCGAAUCAUAACUAUAACAUGGUGGCAGCAUCCGAUUCCAACACCCUGUCGAGCAGACGACAAAGACCACCCACCACCACCAACAACAACAACAACCCCUUCCACCCCACCGCCGCCGGAGAAGAACAACCACACCGCUUCAGCACCGCCUCCGACACCGCCACCGCCUGCGACGACCUGUCUCCUCCGACGACUGACAUCAAUAAUAAUCCCAACCCAUCAUUCGACAUCACCUCCGCAUCGCCGCUCUCGAAAUCUCCGUGGUCCUCUCAGGUGGCCCCCGAAUCUCACUCCCACACCUGCCUGAGAGGCUCCCUCGUCAGAAAAGAAGGCCACAUUUACUCGUUAGCCGCCACGGGCGAUCUCCUCUACACGGGCUCCGAGAGCAAGAAUAUCCGUGUAUGGAAAAACCAGAAAGAAUUCUCUGGGUUCAAAUCCGGAUCCGGGUUCGUCAAAUCCAUCAUCAUCGCCGGAGAAACAAUAUUUACCGGACACCAGGACGGCAAGAUCCGCAUCUGGAAAGCCUCCAGAAAGGACCCGAGCCUCCACAAACGAAUCGGAACCCUACCAACUUUCCGAGCCAAAUUCAAAAGCUCGUUCAAUCCGAGCAACUACGUGGAGGUGAAAAAACACCGCAACGCGAUUUGGAUCAAACACACUGACGCGAUUUCGUGCCUCAGUUUGAGCGAAGACGGGUCGCUUUUAUACUCCGGCUCGUGGGACCGCACUUUUAAAGUGUGGAGGAUUUCAGACUCCAAGUGUCUGGAAUCGGUCAAGGCGCACGAGGAUGCGGUCAACGCUGUCGCUGCUGGUUUCGAUGGGUUAUUAUUCACGGGGUCCGCGGACGGGAGCGUAAAAGUUUGGCAUAGGCAAAUUGAAGGGAAGGGAGUGACUAGGCAUUUUCUUUCCCAAACGCUGUUGAAGCAGGAGAGUGCGGUGACUUCUCUGGCCGUGGACCCCGCAGGCAGCGUGCUGUACUGUGGGUCGUCUGACGGCCUGGUCAACUUCUGGGAGAGGGGGAAGUUUCUUUCGCACGGCGGGGUUCUGAGGGGCCACAAGUUGGCGGUGAUGUGCGUGGCGGUGGCGGGGGAUUUGGUGUUCAGCGGGUCGGCCGAUACGAGUAUCUGCGUGUGGAGGAGGGAUCGGGAGGGCGGGGGGCAUGUUUGUCUAGCGGUGCUGACGGGGCAUGGUGGGCCCGUGAAGUGCCUGGCGGUGGAGGAGGAGAAGGGGUCGAAUAAUUGGGGCGGCGGCGGGGGACGGCGGUUUAUGGUGUAUAGUGGGAGCACGGAUAAGUCGGUGAAGAUAUGGAGGGUGUUGGAGCAAGGGGAAGCCAUGCAGCCUCCGGCGGUGGUUACGCCGCCAUCGGCAUGGCGGCGGCGGCAGCAACAGUACGUGGAGAGUAACGGCGGGGGGUGGUCGGAUUUCUCUUUUGUUCAGACUUCGGAGCUUCUCCAUGCAAGAUAGGUAUAUAUAUAUAUCUUGCAUGAAUUAGCGUACUAAUUGUGUGAAAGUAGAAAAUCUUGUUUGCAUGUGUAUCUGUGCUUGCAUGGCACGUGAUUGACAAGAUUAAUUCUUUUUAUUUUUAUUAUUUUUUUCCUUUUCUCUCGUGCAGUAAACAUGGAAAUUAAACUACAUGCAAUGUUGGAUUUAGAGAGGUAGAUUAAAUAACUACCUAAUAAACGCACAUACACAUAGGUGCGUGUGUGAUUAUAUGUAGAUCUAGUGUUCGUAUCCAUCUAGUACAAAUAACAAGGUGUAGCAUUUAAUUUCGUAUUGAAUUGAAUUCAUAGGUUGCAAUA